GCUGGUUUUAAUUGAAGUGUGAGAAGGAGGUUUUAAGGCAGGUAGACAACAUCCUGUUGUUCCGGUGCUCCUUUCUCUUUUUUGCACAUCUGGCUAAACCGGGAGUCAGGUUUACUGACUCCUGCCUGGUAGCAGCAGCAGCAGCAGCAGCAGCAGCAGCAGCAGCAGUGGUAGCAGCAGCAGCGGAGGCGGCGGCGGCCACAUCUUUCUCCUGGUCCACACCUUGGCCUGUCCAAGAGUCCAUCAGGCCAUGGACGCAAUGCCUGUGUAUCAUGGCAAAAUCAGCCGGGAGACAGGGGAGAAGCUACUGCUUGCCACUGGUCUGGACGGCAGCUAUUUGCUGAGGGACAGUGAGAGUGUCCCAGGCGUGUACUGCCUGUGUGUACUGUAUCAAGGUUACAUUUAUACAUACCGAGUGUCCCAGACAGAAACAGGUUCUUGGAGUGCUGAGACAGCACCUGGGGUUCAUAAAAGAUUUUUCCGGAAAAUAAAAAAUCUCAUUUCAGCAUUUCAGAAGCCAGAUCAAGGUAUUGUAAUACCACUGCAGUAUCCAGUUGAGAAGUCCUCAGGUAGAAGUACACAAGGUACUACAGGGAGAAGAGGAGAUCCUGGUGUCUUCCUGAAAGCGCCGUGAA